AUGGAAACAAAUCAGUCUAAUUCUGAAAUGUUGGCUGCUAUCAUGAAGCAACUUCGUGAGCUACAAGGAGACUUGAGGAAACAUGAAGCUAGGAUGGAUGCCAUUGCGGAACUAUCCUUAAAGAUGGGAGAACGUGUUGGAGACUUGGAGAACACAGCAAGCUCCGGUGGGAAUCCUACCUAUCGAAAUUUUCAAGAAGAAGAUAGGAGUUUCAAAUUGGAACUUCCUGAAUUUGAUGGCUCAAGUGAUCCGGAAAACUUCUUAGAUUGGGUUCGAAGAAUGGAAAGUGUCUUUGAUUAUAAAGACUUUGAUGAUAGGAGGAGGUGUAAGAUGGCUGUCCUUAGAUUAACAAAGCUUGCUGGGCUUUGGUAUGACAAUCUAAAAGCCAAGAGACGAAGAGAAGAGAAAGAAAAGAUCGAGUCAUGGGAGAAACUCAAGAAGAAAAUGGAGAGGCGUUGGGUACCACGUGAGUAUGAGCAAGAUCAAUAUGUCAAGCUAACUCGACUAACUCAAGGCGAUCUCAGUGUUGAUGAGUAUGUUCGUGAAUUUGAGAGGCUAGGCUUGAUGUGUGACUUGCAAGAGAAGGAGCCCUCAAGAUUGCUCGUUUCACUAAAGGGCUGUCCAAACCCAUCUCUCACAAGGAAGAGUGAGUCUUCUUCUAGCUCUUCUAAACAACUUUCUUCUACUAAUCCUUCAAAGUUUCAAAGUGGAAAAUCUAGUUUUAAGCAAGAAGGAUUCAAAAGGACUUAUUACAAGUGCCAAGAACGUGGGCAUAUUGCUAGUGAAUGCCCAAAAAGGAAUAUUCUCACAAUUCACCCGAGUGAGGAGGAUUCUUACAGCUAUGAAUCUGAAAGUAACAAUGAAGAUGUUGAGGAGUAUGAUGCGGAGGAGAAUGACAACCCUCUUUGUGGAGUUGUUAGGAGAGUCUUACAUUCCGAACCUCUCAAAGACAUGCAGCAACGAGAGAACCUUUUCCAUACAAGGUGCAAGGUUCUUGAUAAGACAUGUGAUGUGAUUGUUGAUGGAGGAUCAUGCACGGAUGUGGUCAAGAAACAAGCUUUAGUUUCAUUUACAAUUGGCAAUUAUCAUGAUGAACGUUGGUGUGAUGUAUUGCCUAUGAGUGCAUGUCAUAUUUUGCUUGGUAGACCAUGGCAAUUUGAUAGAAAUGCUAUACAUGAUGGUGUUUCUAAUAUAUAUACGGUUACUACCACGGGUGGAAAAAAGAUUAGAUUGUUGCCUUUGCCUCCUAAGGUUGAACCUAUGGUGGAAAGGAGACCUAAUUUUCUGAUUUCGAGGAAAGAGUUCGAAAAAGAGUGUGCAAUGGAGGGAGGAGGUGAUUUCACCGAAGGACUGCCACCUUUUCGUGGGAUUGAGCAUGCAAUUGACUUAAUCCCAGGAGCCCCAUUGCCUAACAAAGCAGCCUAUCGGUGCAAUCCCGAGCAAGCUAAAGAGUUGCAAAGGCAAGUGGAAGAACUAAUGGAGAAAGGUUAUGUGCGUGAGAGCCUUAGUCCAUGUGCUGUUCCGGCUCUUUUAGUGCCUAAGAAAGAAGGAACAUGGAGAAUGUGUAUUGAUAGUCGUGCAAUCAAUAACAUAACUAUCAAAUAUAGAUUUCCUAUGCCUAGGCUCCAAGAUAUGUUUGAUGAAUUGAGUGGUGCCAGAAUUUUCAGCAAGAUUGAUUUGAGGAGUGGCUACCAUCAAAUGAGAAUUCGAGAAGGUGAUGAAUGGAAGACAGCUUUCAAAACGAAACAAGGGUUGUAUGAGUGGCUUGUCAUGCCAUUUGGACUUUGCAAUGCCCCUAGUUCGUUCAUGAGACUUAUGAAUGAGGUACUUCGACCUUUUCUCAAUAAGUUCAUUGUCGUAUACUUAGAUGAUAUUUUAGUAUAUAGCAAAUCUGAAAGUGAGCAUAUGUUGCAUUUGAGAGAUUUAUUUGAAAAUUGA